ACAUUUCCCAGGAUUCCACACCAUUGUUUAUUUGGACUGCACUUCAACUACUCUGACAGAGCAGACGGCUGCCCGGUGUGUUCUUUAUAACAAUGCAGACCUUUCAGUUUGUAUUCCUUUGCUCGAAAAUGAAUUACAUGUUUGGCUGAAUCUACGUGGUUCACGGAGAAGGAAACGGUAACAUGAAAUGGAGAUCACUCGGGCCAGACCGUCCUUGUAUGGAGAAAUCGCUCAUGGUCUUGGAUUCUGGACAGACCGGUCAGCAGUGCACGAGGCCGCUGCACAGGGCAGAGCCCUCCAGCUGCAGCAACUGAUUGAGGGAGGGGCAGCAGUUAACAUCGUGGCUGUUGACUCCAUCACCCCGCUGCACGAGGCGUGUAUACAGGGACAGACCCAGUGUGUCAGACUGCUGCUGGACGCUGGUGCGCAGGUGGAUGCUCGUAACAUCGAUGGUAGCACUCCACUGUGUGACGCCUGUGCAGCUGGUAGCCUUGAAUGUGUUAAGCUACUGUUGGAGUAUGGAGCAACAGUUAACCCUCCACUGUUUACAUUCUCACCUCUUCAUGAGGCAUGCAUGGGAGGUAAUUCGGAUUGUGUUCAGCUCAUGAUUGAUCAAGGAGCUUUCAUGGAGGCCCAUGACUGCCACUAUGGGACACCGCUUCACGUAGCCUGUGCCAGGCAACACUAUGACUGCGCUAAAGUCCUGCUCAAUUCAGGGGCAAAUGUUAAUGCUGCCAAGCUACAUGAGACUGCCCUUCAUCAUGCAGCCAAAACAAAGAACCUUGACUUGGUUGAGCUACUUGUGGAAUUUGGGGGGAAUGUGUAUGCCAGGGAUAACCUGAACAAAAAACCCAUCCAGUACACCAGUCUGGGAUCUCCCUGUUACCUCUGCCUUGAGUUCUAUGAGAAUACUCCCCUCAGUCUACAGCAGAUCAGCAGAGUGGCUGUUAGGAGGGCUCUCGGAACAAGAGCACGUGAAGUUGUUUCCCAGCUGGCUUUACCUAAUCGCAUCAUUAGUUUUCUUUCUUAUAUGCCACCUCCAGUUAUUGAAAUUUAAUCACUACAAGAAACUUGAAAUGCAGCUCUAAGAUGGUUAAAUCUAGACCUGUUAUGCCUGCUGACUCUGUGGAUAUCUCUCAGAAAAGUCUUAUGAUAGGAUGUUGAAGUUGGAGGAGGUACAGCACUGAUGAAAAAUCUGAACACUGCCAGACUAGUAGGGUGCACAGAGAUUUCAUUAGCUUAAAUACUCAGGCUGUUGAUCCAAGCAAACUGAAAAGGGCUUAAUUUGCUCAUUCACGUUGUGCUACAUUAAUAGAUUUUUGACCAUUAGGGAACAGAAAGACAGCCCAGAUAUAUCAUUAGCUUAGCAGGUAUUAUUGCUAACCCAUUAGCAAACAACUGCUCUCUUAUACAUUCAACAGACACAGAGUAUCACUAGCAUCUGACUGGAGACGUGUUUUCUGGCCGAUAAUAUUUACUCACUCUCCAGAAGCCACUCAUUUUCUUCAACUCUGCUGUUUCAUCCUUGGCAGGUAGUAGAAAAAUGGCUGCCCUUGGUAGUUAAGAGGGUUUGAAGGGUGAAGGGUGAAAGACUAGAACAACUAGCGAGUAAAGACCAUGCACACCAGUGGUAAACCUGCACAGGUGAUUCGAAUUAUUCUGGCUGAUCAGAUCUCCUCUCAGAAUUGUGUGGGCGUGUACAGACUGGCCAUCAAGCAGAGACUUUCCUGUUACCUAUUUGCAUUUGUGACAGCAGGACGGACUAUAACUUAACCACUAAGUAGUACAUUACAAAUUUACAAAGUCCAGUCACCUCACAUAAUUUCCAGCAUAGCCCAGCCCGCUUUCAAACAGAGCAGAAGCAUCAGCAGCAGCAGCAGCAGCAAUGACUGAACACACCUUGAACACCGUCAAUUCUCAGAGGCUUUGGCAACACGACGGAACAUUUCACAUAACUUGUAGUCGUUUGAGUCAGAGUUAAUGUCAGUAUUUGUUUUUUCUUUUUUUCUUUCUUGGCUUGCUUAUGAUGACCAAGUAAGUGUGAAUGUAAGUGUGAUUUCAUCAUAGAUCCUGUAAUACAAUAUCUUCGAUGGUACAUGAAGUGUUUUGAAUAGGAUUUGUAUUUAUUUGUAUAUAUUCUGUGACUAUAUAUUUUUAAUGUAAAUUUGUAAAUAAUACAGAUGGUUCUACCUCUAUUAAAUUUGUGUAA